AGCUGUUUGGCUCAGCAGAAGCCGCUUGCCGCCACAAGCCGCCGCCUCUUCUUCAAAAUGGCUCCCCUCCAGAGAGCCUUGCGGAUCGGAACGGACUGCAGCGGCAUGGAGACGCCAGUCAUGGCCUUGCAGGCUCUGAAGGUGCACUUCGAGCACUCCUUCAGCUGCGACACCGAGGCCAGCUGCAAGGCGCAGAUCUGCGCGAACUUCCCGGCGAAGGUGUGGUACGAUGACCUCCUGGCGCGGGACAACGAGUCGAAGCAGGUCCCGGCGGUGGACUUGUACGUCUGCGGCUUCCCCUGCCAGCCCUUCAGCUCCGCGGGCCUCCGGAAGGGCUUCAAGGACGAGCGCGGCAAUGUCUUCUUCGGGUGCGCCCGCUACAUUGCGGCAAAGCUGCCACGGGUCUUCGUCCUGGAGAACGUCAAGGGGCUUCUGAGCAACAAGGACAAGGCCAAGCGGCAGGCAUUCAAGGUGAUCGAGAAGACUCUCAAGGAGAUUGGGGACCAGGCCUACCACGUGGAGUUCCGGGUGAUGGACACGCAGGACCACGGGGUGCCCCAGAGCCGGCCGCGGGUCUACAUCGUGGGCAUCCGCAAGAACGUGCUGCCGGCGAGCUUCCAGCAGUUCGAGUGGCCGAAGCCUUUGCGGCGCAUCUCCAUCAACCAACUGCUGGAGAAGAAGACCAAGAAGGUGACCAUGGAGGACUUGCCUUCCAGGAGCAGCCAGACGGUCUUCAGGAACACGAGCCGGUGGCUGCGACGCCUGCAGCAGGCCGGCAAGGACCCGCUCAACAACACCUUCAUCCUGGACAUCGAUGCAAGCACGCCGCGCAGCACUGCCAUGCGGGACCGGUGCCCCUGCAUGACCAAGAGCCGCGCCAACGGAUUCUGGGUCUCCUCCCGGGGCCGACGCAUGACCAUCAAGGAGAUGCUCCGGUGCCAGGGCAUGGAGCUUUGCUUCAAGCAGGUGGUGAGCAAUCGGGUGCUGGGCGCUCACAUUGGCAACGCGAUGUCCCAAAACAUCCUGGAGCGCAUCUUCAUUAAGUUGCUGCCCUUGGCGGGACUGGUGCCAUCUGGCCAGGCUUUGGUGGACCGCUGGGCCAAGCGCGCGAAGGAGAUGCCGGCCUCCAAGGAGGACAAGAACUUGAAGAAGCUCAUGGAGCCCCGCACGGCCAAGGAGAAAGAGGAGGCGCGACAGGCGAAGAGGAGGUCGACCCUGCGGAAGGCCAAGGCCCGCGCCGCCGAGGCCGAGGCCAAGGCCCAGCGGGCCAAGAGCAAGGCCUCCAGCAAGUCGCGAGUGAGGCCAGCCAGGGGCCAGCCGCCCAUGAAGGCCAUGAAGCGUCAACGUCGCGCCUAGGACGGCGUCGUUUGGUAGCUGGUAGCUGGUAGCUCGUUAGUGAGGCGCUUGCGAAGAGUGAAGUUGAAGGGAGGACCUGGGA